AUGGACGACUUGAGCGAUAUCCCAACGCGUCCCAUGCGGGUCAAGAUCCUCUACACCUUUGACGUGGAACAUAAGACCACAUGUCUUGCACGAGUUCCUGGCACUCUCAACAUCCCCGCCGUUGCAAUCGACGAGCAGACACAGGUCGGCGUGAUCGAGCUGCAACAAUGUAUCUCAAGCAUCCUCGAAGCCUCGCCUGAGAUCCACUUCCAGCUAGAGACUGGAGACUUCACCGUCUACUCCACCGACUACAGCGAGCCGGAUGCACUUCUCGUGGGACAAGGCAGGCUAUCGACGCUGCUCCGUAACGCGUCAUCAGGCACACCUGUACAGAACAAAACGAUGAUCACGGGACGUGUUUUGAAGAACGCCGCCCUUUUCAGCAAUGGUAUCAAGGAAACUCUAGAGGUCAAGUUCAAGCUCACGCCGCUGUCGAGACCAGCCCUGGGUAGCAACAUGGAUGGCAUGCGUAGUGUGAGCCCGGCAACAUCCGCUGGCUUCGACCCCAACGCCUGGAACAACACGGUGCAGCAAAAUCAAGGUCGGGCAGAUUACUUUGGCUUCGAUGGAAUGGCAACAGGUGGCAGUGCCGAGUCAGCGAUGCUGGACGAUAUGUUUGGAAUGGCUUCGAAUGCCAUCUCCGGUACGCCGGGCGGGCUAUAUCAGCAGCCCGGCAGUGUGGGCGUCAGCGAGACCCCGACAGAUGCUGCAUUUGCUUACAACCCCGCAUUUGCCGAUCAGACUMACAGUGCUCCAGGCAGCAGGUCUGGAAGCCCAAUGAUCAGUGCCAAUUCCAACUCCUACAAUGACUCAUUACGUCACCAGAGUUUCUCUGGCAACGCGCCAACGUUCCCGGAACAUGGUCGGCCCGACUCACGUGGAAGUGUCCGAAGUGAAUACACCCCAUCCUACCACCAAAACUCCUUCCAACAGCAAGCAUCGCAACAACAGCAGCAGCCCGAAGUGUUCUAUAACGAAGAUGGCCAGUCUCGAAAGCGCGCAAAGGUUGUACAGACGGACUGGCGCGGCAGGUCAUCCUUCGGCUCAAAGUCGUCUGAUCUUCGCGUAACUGCUGCCACUGCCUCCUCAAUGCAUAUGCACCGCCCCAUCGCUAAGCGUCCGUCCGCUCCUGGUAGCAAUCUUGAGCCUCCGCCUCGUGUACCCACUCCUGUCCCACAGCGCACACUUCUGCCACAUCAGCGAGCACGACAGUCUGCCGGCCCUCGAAGUAUGUUGAGACAAUCAUCCAUUGCGGACUCGGAUAUCAUGUCUGACAACGAGCCAAUGUCCGAAGCGGCACAGAGCUCACCUGAAGGUAGCUCUCCAGGUAACAGCAUUGCUGGUGAGGGCACUCCGAUGGAGAUCCCAUCCUCUCCACCCCUCGUUCCAGGAUUCAACCAACGCCGGCUCACCAGUCCCGGCCUUCCAUCCCUGCCGCCUGCAAGGCUGGCGGACAGUGGAUACAUUAGUGAUCGAGGCUUCAACAGCGGAAAUGUGGUUGAGAGUAUGGAGGAUGACGAAAAUCGCAGCCCAGAUGCGGAUGAUCUGGACACUGCCGCGCAAUAUCGCUCAAGAAAACAUCAGCAAGAGAUCUUUGUUAAGGUCGAGGGCUCUGUUGCUGGUGACUUGAACGAUACGCGUGCCGGUAGCGACGGAUCCAAGAACCUGUAUGCUCUUCCUCAAAAGCAGGCAUCCACCGUCUCGCCAGGAUUUGAGCCAACGCCUCAACCAGAAGCGUCUGGUUCAAGAAGAGGAUCACUCGCGCUUCCGUCGAAGCCAGCCACUACUACAGCGCUCACAAAGCGCAAGAGGCAGCCCUUGCAGCGCUCACGAACAACGUACAACGAUUCUGAGGCUGGCUCCCCGGCUCCUAGUGACAACGAGGGGCCAAGGCCAAGAGUGCCUCGUUCCGGAUCCGGUGCUCCGCGCCGUAAAAUCAUUGAACAGCGCCUUGCGGAAGCCAUCAUCAACGGCGAGACACCAGUAUUUUGCUCGCAUUGUGGUGCGAUUGAAACGCCUACGUGGCGCAAAAUUUACGUCAACCACUGUGAUGGAAAGCCGUCUCCACUGGAUUACGUUGAGGGCGAGGGAGAGAUCAUCCAAGUGGACAUCACUCAAGUCGAUGAGGAAACUGGUGACGCGACCAAGUUCGUGAUCCGGAAGAGCAUGAAGAAGACCAAGACCGUCCUCCCUGGACGCGGAUUCGAMGAGACUGUCGUAUGCAAUCCAUGUGGUCUGUGGUUUGCCAAGAAUCGCAAAAUGCGGCCGUCCGAUAGAUGGCAUCGCACGCGGAACACGAGGAAGAUGAAGAGGAAGGACGAUGAUGGUCUUCACACGGACGGAAUGGAGCCACAAUCCGAAGCAUUCUUCACAGACCAGGCCGCACCGGUGGAGGACGGAAUGGAUGACAGUCGCUCGACUGAUGAAGCACCCGUUCAGCCCCUCCCAAAGCGUCUACUUGCGCCGAAGCGACCACGUGCCAGUAGCGUACAGCCUCUACCUCGCCGAGCGAGCGAUAACGACCGAUCGGGCAACGUACGGCAAAAUGCGUCUUUCAUGAGAGCUACUCAAUCCAGUCCCGUGCGCUUCCAGGGCUCCCAGACAUCGCCCAUUGAGCUCGAGGACACACCAGCAAAGCCUACCAGACGUUUGUUGUUCCCGUCUCCACGACGCAGUGGAGAGCAGAAGAGUCUCGAGGGUGGCGAAAUGUCAGCGCGCAAAUGUCAGUCGCCGAGUGGGUCGCAAGGUCAGGCGAAAGCUGUCAACAUUUCCGAACAGACCAAUGUGAACAUCUUCGAGGUCUUCACCAACAAUCGGGAAAACAUGCCGCCUCCACUGGAUGACGAUGAUGAUCUCGCCCAUCUAUUCGAAGGAUCCCCAAUCGCAAUGUUCAAAUCCCCAGCAUCUCGCCGCAAGACGCCAGUGAAGACCACGCCUCGCAUGUCCAACAAAAACCAAUUCGAUGACUUCCUGAAGACUCCCACUCAGUCCUCUCGUAAGCGGAGAGCUCUUGGUGAAAGCAAGAAUGCAGCAAACAACGCCGAUGCGCGCGACCCCAUCGUCUCACCUAGCUCUGCGAGGUAUUUCCUUCGAUCUACGCCGAGCCGGCUGGAGAGGACCCCGGGAGGACGAAGUGUCAGAGGGGGCAAUCGUCUGCCUGUCGAACUCUCUCCCUUCUCCCGUCAUUUGUCGCAAAUGCUCGGUGAUGCCACCGGGACUAGUGAGCCCGCCUUCACCAGCCCAUCACAGCAGUACGACUUUAGUGAUUUGCCAAGGUUUGAUCAGGUCCACUUGGAGAUGGAUUGGAAAGGCAUGGACGAUAUUCUCAGCAGCGAAUUCGCUGCGUAUGAUGAUCCGGAUGGCGGAUUCCAUGCUGGUCACGGGGGCGGGGAAUAG